AGAGGCCUGCUUAACACAGGCCAGUUUGGUUUCCGUACACGUCACAGCACGACACUGCAAUGUGUGAGGCUAGCAGAGCACGUGACCCUUAAUUUCAACAAUAAUAUGUCUACGGCUGCGGUGUUCUUGGACAUCUAAAAAGCCUUUGAUGCUACAAGGCACUCGAAUUUACUAUAGAAGUUGUUAAAACUGAAGUUUCGACCAGCUUAAUCGAGCUUAUUGGAUCAUUUCUUUCACAACGAAAAUUCAGUGUUUCGGUGUAAGGACCACAUGGAUUCGAUUCUCGUCACGGGUCCACCGACCCUCCUGUCCUGUGGGUAUCGGGUUCAGUUUCACGUGGAGUAAAACAAGAAUAGUGGUCAUAUUUAUGGAACAUACUUCAGUGACAACGAAUACAUAGAAAUUAUUGAGUUCCCACAGCGACGACUCGAAUACCAACAGGCCGUUGCCUGGGAAUGUCUGUAAGAACAGAUUGUUCGUUGCGUAACAACGGAUGAAACCAAACACUUCUGCAAGGUGUUCUGUGUUCAGUAAGGCUAGCAUAUCCUAAGUAACGGAUCGUUCGUUGCCUAACAACGGAUGAAAUUAAACCUUCGAUAAGGUAUUCACUAUUCCAUUCGUCCGCCGGAUGUAUAAGAGAGUCGCAACGUGACUUGGACUUUGACUUUGACUGUGAGAGUUCAGUGUCACGAGUGCCACGAGUAUCACAAGAGAUUCAGAGUAAAAUCACAGUUUGUAGAUCACAGCAGAGGAUUCGACUCUAGCAAGUAAAGGAAGAGGAAACGGAAGUAAAAAUGUUGAGAGUAGUGAAUGCUGCAGGACAAUCCAUGUUUCGUCAUGUUUUGUCUGGAUUGGUGAAUAAUCAGAAGAAUGGAGCGUCCCUUCUCCGGGUAUCUGCAUGUUAUCCGCAGAUGCAGAGACAUAUGUCAGCUCAACACAAUUUUCCUCGCCAUCCGGUUCCACCUCUUACGCAAACGCUGGCUAAAUUUGUCAGGUCAGUGCAACCCCUUCUGUCACCAUCAGAGCUCUCUACUACAAAAAGUCUUGUGAAAGACUUUGAGGAAGGAGAUGGGCAGAAACUUCAACAAAUUCUAGAAAACAGAGCCAGAAACAUGGAGAGCUGGUUAGCUGACUGGUGGCUUAAUGCAGCAUAUUUGGCAUACCGACUUCCUGUAGUUGUUCAUUCAAACCCCGCCCUUGUGUUUCCACGUCGGCAUUUUCAAACAGAAGAAGAAUUCCUAAAAUAUGCUGCUGACCUCACUUAUGCUGCCCUUAACUACAAAUCAGACAUUGAUAAUGAUAAAAUACCCAUUGAUAAGAUGGGUAAACAACCAUUAGAUAUGACUCAGUAUAAGAGGAUAUAUGGUACAUGCCGAAUUCCAGCACCAGAAUGUGAUAAAAUGCAUUUCACUGAUCCAUCACGUCCUGUGCACCAUAUUGUAGUUGCAAGGAAUAAUAAUUUUUUCAAGUUCUGUGUCUAUGACAGCAAUGGUGAGAUUAUAAGUCCUGCUAAGCUCCUAGUGGGGUUGAAAACAGUGUUAAAUGCCUCUGAGAAACCAGGAGAAGCUGUUGGAAUUCUGACAAGCGAACACCGAGAUACAUGGGCAAGAGUACACAGUGACUUAGUGAAAGAUGCAAGAAACCGCAGAAGUGUAGAAGCUAUUCAGACUUCUCUGUUUCUUCUCUGUCUUGAUGGACCUACUUCCAAUAUUAGGGCUCCAAAUAUUGCAACUAUGGAUGCACUGAAAAUGAUCCAUGGAGGUGGUAGCAAAGAAAAUUCUGGAAAUCGCUGGUUUGACAAAACAAUUGAGAUUGUAGUUGGUGAGGAAGGAGAAGUUGGAAUCACAGUGGAGCAUAGCCCCGCUGAAGCAGUACCAAUUGCUAUGCUCAUGAAUUAUUGCUUGGAUUUCCUUGAGAAGAUGCCAAAAAGCAAACGUGGAGAGGACACUGCAGCUUUUCCAAAACCAGAAAAAUUACAGUUUAAUAUCAGCUCAGACAUUAAGAAUGCUAUUGAAGUGGCUCAGCAGAACCUGGACAAGUUGGUCGAGUACACUGACUUCUUGUGUUGUACUUAUUCUGGAUAUGGAAAGAACUUAAUCAAAGAGUUCAAAGUGAGUCCUGACAGUUAUAUCCAGAUGGCGCUCCAGUUAGCAUAUUACAGACUCCACAAUGAACCAGCAGCUCACUAUGAAUCGGCUGGUACACGGCUGUUCCAUCUGGGACGCACUGAAGCCAUUCGAUCAUGCUCAGUUGAAUCUGUACAUUUUGCCAAGACAAUGCUGGAUUCUAAGAGUUCAAAUGAAGAUAAAAAACAAGCUCUGGUGGCUGCUGUGAAAAGUCAUAAAGACUAUGCUACACAGGCUGCACUUGGACAAGGUGUAGACAGGCAUCUGCUAGGCCUGAAGCUUGCAGCAAUUGAAAAUGGAAUGCAACUACAUCCUCUCUACAGAGACCCAUCAAUUGUGCGUAGUACACAUUUCAAAAUAACAAGCAGCCAGGUUGCAGGGAAAGGUAAUUCAGUGAUGUGUUACGGCCCAGUGGUUCCUGAUGGCUAUGCAGCCUGCUACAAUCCCUUGCCAAACACAUUGAACUUCGGUUUAGCAGCUUUCAAAUCAGGCCGUGGUACUGAUGUAAAGGCCUUCCAUGAUGCCCUGAUGGCUUCAUUUGAUGACAUGGAAAAAGUGAUGGCUAUUGGUCAUCAAACUAGAGCAAAGCUGUAAUUUAUUAUAAGCCCUUGUGUUAUAUGUAAUUUUAUGAGGAUGGUCUCUGAGCAUUAUGAGAAUGGAACCAUUGAAUGUGCACUAGGCUUGUGAUAUUGGUUUGUUAGGAUUUGUGUUCGGUAUUAUAUAGAGAUGACAGAGAUAUUUACUUCAGUUUUUUUAAUUACAUUGUAAUUUUCGGAGAACAAUUUAGUAGGCUUACACGCAAUUAAUAAUAAUAAGUUUUAGAACUGAUAUAGGGCUAUUUCUCUUAGGCUAGGAUAUGUAAUCUUUGUUUAUAGAAUACCCAUUCUUCUAAUUUUAUAUUGUUGUCUUUUAGGUUAUGAUUUUGAGUUCUUGUGUAGUUACUAGCGUUUGGAAGGAACCUGUUGCCCCUAAUGUCAGAGUAGCACGUAUGAGGCACUUAUGUAUGAUGUCUUAAUUCAAAAGGUCAUGACAUAAAUAUUCACAGCCCCCCCCCCCGGCCUGUGAAAUUUUCGAAGGACAGUUCAGUAGGCUUACACGCAAUAAAUAUCAAUAAGUUUUAGAAAUGAUAUAGGGCUAUUUCUCUUAGGCUAGGUUAUGUAAUCUUUGUAUAUAGAAUACCCAUUCUCCUGAUUUUAUAUCGUUGUCUUUUAGGUUAUGAUUUUGAUUUCUUGUGUAGUUACUAGUGGAAAAUAAUAAAAUGGGUCUUAGAGAAAUAGGAUGGGAUGGUAUGGAUUGGAUUGACCUGG